AUGUCCGUUGAUGGGUUUGCCUUGGUGACUGGCGCGGGAAGCGGAAUCGGACGCGACUGUGCCUUGGCAUUUGCUAGUGAAGGAGCCAGAGGCGUCGCCUUUGCGGACAUCAAUCUCACAGCGGCACUGGAAGCUGCCGAAGAAAGCAAGGCCCAGGCUACCAACUCGGCUUAUCGGGCUAUUGCGGUGCAGGUGGACGUAUCAAGUGAAGAAAGCGUCCAGCGCAUGGUGGAUACCACACUGAAAGAGUUUAACCGCAUUGACUAUGGCGUCAAUAGCGCAGGACUCGGAAUCAAACAGGCCCGACCAGUGUCCGAAACAUGCAUGGCGGAGUUUGACAAUUUGAUGUCCGUCAAUGUUAAAGGUACCAUGCUGUGCGUCCGUGCUCUUAGCCGAGCGAUGAAGAACCAAGAGGAGCGCCUCGUGGCUGGUCGGACCGGGCCGUGUAGCGUCGGUCGGGGGAGCAUUGUCAACCUGGCAUCGGCAAACUCGGUUGUUGCCUUCCCCGAAAUUGUCCAGUACACUGCAGCGAAGCAUGCGGUGCUUGGGAUUACGAAGACGGCUGCUCUGGACAAUGCCCCUCACGGUAUCCGGGUCAAUGCAGUUUGUCCGUCGUGGGUGGAAACCCCGAUGAUCGAUAAGGCUUUUGCGGGCAAUCCCGAAAUACGUCUAGCUUUGUCCGCCAGUAUUCCGGCCGGACGCCUUGCUCGGCCCGAGGAGGUGUCCAAUGUGGUCUUGUUUCUGAGUGGCCCGAAAUCUAGCUAUGUGACGGGGGUCGGGUGGCUUGUCGAUGGCGGAACCACCUUGCAGAUGAAGCACGGAUGA